AUGGCUACGGACGAUGGUUGUAAAAGUCUUUAUGUUGGUAAUCUCGAUCCCAGGGUAACGGACAGCAUGCUUCAUGAGAUCUUUGGAGUAGCAGGAUCCGUGAACAAUACGAAAAUCAUUCCUGAUAAAAAUGUGAGUCUAAUGUGGAGUCACCCCGCAAUGGCUGGCCUUGCUGGACACUCGAGUUGCGUUCCAUACAUAUAUGACGCAGCUCAAAG